CUGGUUAUGGCAACAUUAAUAACACAGCUAAACCGGACGAAAGCAACAAGUUGGUUUAUUCUCAGAAAGCAACUUUCCUCGUCUCUUCUUCUCAGACACGGAGCUGUUACCCUCCGCAGCAGCAGCAGCAUCAUGGCCUCGGACUCUGAGACAAGCCGCUUCGACUUUCUGGUGAUCGGCGGCGGCUCUGGAGGUCUGGCCGCGGCUCGACGGGCGGCGGAGCUCGGGGCGAACACCGCGGUCAUCGAGAGCCACAAACUCGGAGGUACCUGCGUCAACGUUGGGUGUGUUCCAAAGAAGGUCAUGUGGAACGCAGCAGUUCAUGCCGAGUAUCUGCAUGAUCAUGGUGACUAUGGCUUUGAUGCUGAAAAUGUUAAGUUCAGCUGGGAAGUUCUUAAAGCCAAAAGGGAUGCAUACGUUUCUCGCCUAAAUCAGAUCUAUCGCAACAAUCUCGACAAAGCUAAAAUCCAAACCAUUCAAGGUUUCGCGAGGUUCACAGACGACCCUGAGCCCACUGUGGAGGUCGGUGGGAGAAAGUUUACGGCGCCUCACAUCCUCAUCGCCACCGGAGGGCAGCCUUCUGUUCAGAGUGAUGAUGAAAUUCCAGGAGCAAGUCUGGGCAUCACUAGUGAUGGCUUUUUUGAUCUGGAAACCCUCCCAAAACGCAGUGUGAUUGUGGGGGCUGGGUAUAUCGCAGUAGAAAUGGCUGGUAUUCUUGCCACCCUGGGCUCCAAAACAUCCCUCAUUAUCCGUCAGGCAUGCGUUUUGAGAAACUUCGAUGCAUUCAUAAGCGCAAACUGCACCAAGGAGCUGCAGAACAACGGCAUCGAUCUGUGGAAGAACUCUCAGGUGAAGUCCGUGACUAAAACGGACAGAGGCCUGGAAGUUACAAUCGCUACCAAAGACCCGGAGAAGAAGAACGGCGAGGAGAAGAUCGGCACCAUCGAGGAAGUGGACUGCCUUCUGUGGGCCAUCGGCAGGAAGCCCAACACGUCCGCACUGAACAUCAGCGGCUUGGGUGUGGAUAUUGAUGAAGGAGGCCAUAUUGUCGUAGAUGAAUUCCAGAGUACGACACGGUCGGGGCUCUACGGUCUCGGGGAUGUUUGUGGCAAAGCUCUUCUCACACCUGUGGCCAUCGCUGCUGGCAGGAAGUUGGCACACAGACUGUUUGAGGGCAAGAAGGACUCCAAGUUGGAUUAUUCUAGCAUCCCAACAGUGGUGUUCAGCCAUCCGCCCAUUGGCACUGUGGGCCUCACGGAGGAUGAAGCCGUUAAAACCAGUGGGAAAGAGAACGUAAAGAUCUACAAAACGUCUUUCACUCCGAUGUAUCACGCCAUCACAAGCAGGAAGAGUCCGUGCAUCAUGAAGCUGGUGUGUGUGGGCAAAGAGGAGAAGGUGGUGGGCUUGCACAUGCAGGGCCUCGGCUGCGACGAGAUGCUGCAGGGAUUUGCUGUGGCCAUCAAAAUGGGUGCUACCAAAGCAGAUUUUGACAACACUGUCGCCAUUCACCCAACCUCAUCCGAGGAGUUUGUGACGAUGCGUUGA